AUGAAGUACAAUCCUGCAGCUGAGGUUCGACAUCCACCACGAUGUCAGAAAGUUCAAACUGCAAAGGGUCAUUUGUCUCGACAUCGACGUAUCGACGCCGCGGCAGAACCUCAGAAUGCCGUGACCCACGAGAGCCUCCGCGCUGGAUGCUCAAUGCUCCUCUUCCUCUUCAGGCCUGUCCAAAGCCCUCUCCAACUUCCUCAAGACCUCCUACUCCCGCAUCCACUGUCCAAACGCUUCCACCGCAGUCGCAAUCAAGCAGGCGCCCACCACCACGUAGAAUGCUGCUUCAAUGCGAUCGAGACCUCCCGAAGCCGUAACGUCGUGAUUGAGGCCAUCCAAACCAAAGCAGAGACAGAUGACGCCACCUGCGAAGAAUAUUCCAAUGCUCAGAGCCCAGUUGAGGACGGUGUCUUCGUCCCAGAGCCAUGCCCAGCACUCUGUAGCUGCCGUCCCAAGCAGCAAGUCUCCCACCAUGAUGUAGAACGCAGCGUCGAUGAGUUCGUAGCCCCCGUUCCUCAAGGUGCCAAAUGCGCAGCAGAGACAGAAGACACCGGCGUGGAAGGCGGCCGCGAUCCGGAAAAGCCACUUGAAGUUGACGGACGAGUCAAUGGAGGAGAUCAUGUCGCUUGCCGUGUAUAG